CAGGCACAUGCUGCCGGAUCAGGAUGCAUGCCAUCCCUGAGCUGAAGAAGGUGGACAGGUGGACGGAGAAGAGGAGCAUGUUUGGGGUUUAUGAUAACAUAGGCAUCUUGGGGGACUUCAAAGCUCAUCCCAAAGACCUCAUCGUGGCUCCCUGCUGGCUGAAGGCUUUCAGAGGCAACGAACUGCAGCGUCUCAUUAGAAAGAAGAAGAUGGUGGGAGACAGAAUGAUGACUCUGGAUAGACACAACUUGGAGAAAAGGAUCCGUUUCCUUUACAGACGCUACAACCGCUAUGGCAAAUUCCGCUAACACUGAACAGCGAGCUGUGUGUGUUAUCCUGUCAUAGUGAUAUUUGUUGGCAUUUUUUUCUAAAUUAUAAUUUUCCUUUUGUUAUUCAGAGCAGCACACUUCCUGUACAUCUGUUUAUUGAUUGUUUCUGGUCCUGUUAACAACUGUUUUUUCCUGACAAACACAAAAUAGAUCAAAUAAAAGCCUAAAAAUGAAAA